AUGUCUACUGGAGCCUGCGCGCCCACGCGGCUCGGGACGACGCUCACGUUUGCAGCGCGGGUGCUCCCAUCGCCGGAGCCGGAGGCCGGUCGUGGCGCCACCGAGCCCAAGGGGCGCGACGUGCACCCGCAGCUGUGGCAGGCGCCACGGUCUACUACUUCCCACAGGGCCACCGCAGUGGACCUGCGCGCCGCGGGCGUGCGCGUCCCGCUAUUCGUGGCGUGCCGCAUCGCAGCAGUCAGGCUGAUGGCGGACCCCGACACCGACGACAUGUACACCAAGACACGCCUCGUCCCACUCCGCCCCUGGGAGCCGGUGGCGGACGUGGGCGACGUCCUGGCCGAGGAGAGCAGGGGAGGGGAUGGGGACGGCCAGCAGCAGCAGCCCAGGCCGCUGUCUUUCGCCAAGACACUGACGCAGUCCGAUGUCAACACCGGUGGCGGCUUUUCCGUGGCGCGGCUCUGCACGCUGUCCAUCUUCCCGGAGCUGGACUACAGCUUCGACCCGCCCCUGCAGAUCAUCUCCGCCACGGACGUCCAUGGCGUCGAGUGGAUGUUCCGCCACAUCUACCGGGGCAGCCCGGGCCGGCACCUGCUCACCACCGGCUGGAGCAACUUCGUCCACAGCAAGGAGCUCCUGCCUGGCGACUCCGUCGUCUUUGAUCGUGCUGUUGUUUUCAUUGGAUUAAUUGCCACGUAG